UAAUAAUAUUUCUUUACUACUUUUUUUAUUAAAAUAUUUUUUAUUGAACGAUUUAAUUUUUAUAUUUUAUAUUUACUGAGAAAUGCAUACAAUUCAUAAGUUGCAAAAAAAAUUACAUAUAAAACGUAUAUUUUUGAUAAAAUAAGCAAAUACAAAUUAAUAAAAAAUGUUAGAGUAGAAGUUCCGAAAAUUUUCUUGCGAAAAAGUUUUAUACAUAUAAUAAUAUAUUUUAUAUUAUUUCGAGUGUAUUAAAGAUAUAAAUCUUAUAAAUUUUCGACAGUCUAAUAUCACUUCAAGCACUGAAUUCUUCGAGCUAUUUGAAAGAAUGGGCAUUAAUAGUACGUCAUGCGAGAGUAUUAUAUUCAUUACCAUCCAGAUUAAUCAUAAAUAAACUUUUACCAACCUAAGUAGAUAAGUGUUAUUAGGAUUUGUUAAAUUUUAUAGAUACUUCUAAUCUAGUCUUCCAGCGUAUAAAUACAAGAGGAUUUGUGAAAAAGUUACACGGCUAAACGAACUGUAAUGAAAGAAAACUACAAAAAUUUUGUAUGCGUCCGAUAAACUGGAGGGGAAAAAAAGUCAAUAUUUGUAAAUAUAACAUAUAUAAUUGUGCUGUUACUUUAAUAAUGCGUGAGAUUCAUGUUUUGAUAUCAUGCCAUACGUAUGCCAAGGAUUAAAUGGAAUAAGACUUCUUACUAUUUUAUAAAAGAUCCACACGUGUCUUGAACUGAGACUUAUUUUACGUAAUAAGAGUAUUAUAGCAAAAUCGAUAUCAUUAUUAUUGUACUUUAAUAACGCCGCACAUAUUCAAAUAAAUAUGCGCUCCACAUUUAAUUUAAAAGAUUAUAUAAAAGAUACACUAUCUCGACAAUCAAAUAAUAAUACACUGCUAUAAUUCGAAGAUUUGAUGGUCUGUUACACUCUUUUAAGAAAAAUAUAAAUUUGAAUUAAUAUAGCAAUAUUUUGUAUUUCUUUGCAUCCUAUUGAUUCCUAAUGCAUAUCGCCGCGUUGAUAGAAAAGUGAUACUUUAAGUAAAAAAAAUUAUUAUUUUUGAGAUAAUGAAAGAAAUCAAUUCUACACUUUUUUAUCAACAUGGCGAUAUAAAUAAUGAUAUUAAUAUGUACGUAUAAUUUAUGGUAAAUAAAUUCAAUAUCUGUUUCGCUUUCUUUAACUUCUUUAUCUCGAAUUCAAAGAAUACGUGACAAGAGAGACGGGAAGUACGUUGUCAGCGCUUAAUUUAGCGUUACUGCAUUAUUCUAUCUUUAUAUUCAUUAGACGUAAAAUAAGAAUAGGAUAAAUUAAUAUAGCGUUGACGAUCAUUAACAAUCAAUAUAAGCGCUAUUAAGUUAUUCGUGCACGCUAUCGAGCGUAUUUAGAGUGCUCCCCGAAUGCGCCCAAACUUCGAAUCGUUAUAUGUAGCAUAAUACGUCACUGGAGUCUCCAGUUUGGAAGUAAGCACGAAAAACAGUUAUGUCGUCACAUCAAUUCCCAAGAAAUAUCAAAUAUAUAGCAUCGUUUCACCAGAAGUGUCGGCAGAGUCUGUAUCCGUCCAGUAAUAUAAACAGAUUCGCAGUACCGGAGGAAAAAAUACCAUGGUCGGUCGAUUAUCCCGACUACAAACCGGUCGCAUAUAGCGCUGCUGCUCUCAAGGGUAAACCUUGGGCCGAUCCAGAAAUCAACGAUCCUACCUUCAAACCAAAAUGGAAUGUGUUGGAUGACAACGUGAAUCGAAAGAGUUUCACGGGUGACUACGUUGUGAACGCGGAUGGUUACCCCUUAAAUCCCGUGGGGCGAACCGGCAUCCUUGGACGUGGACUUCUCGGCCGAUGGGGACCGAAUCACGCCGCCGAUCCCAUCGUCACGCGAUGGAAACGCGACUGCAACACGGGGACCGUGGAAGUGAACGAGCACACGGGAAAGCCUGUACUACAGUUCGUCGCGAUACAGAGGCGGGAUUCCGGGGAAUGGGCCAUCCCGGGGGGUAUGGUUGAUCCGAAUGAGACGGUUUCCGCGACUUUGAUGAGAGAAUUCAUGGAGGAAGCGCUGAGCUACCUAGAAAUGGAUAACGCCGAGAGAAACUCCCUUCAAAAUUCUAUAAGGAAGUUCUUCGCGAAAGGCGACGAGGUCUACAAGGGAUACGUGGAUGACCCGCGAAAUACUGACAACGCUUGGAUGGAGACGGUGGCUAUGAACUUUCACGACGAGGAAAACAGCGUCGUCGGGAAGCUCGCGUUGAGGGCUGGGGACGAUGCGCGUAACGUUAGGUGGAUGGACCUGAAUAAAGAAAUAAAUUUAUAUGCCAAUCAUAGCGAAUUUGUAAAAAGAGCUGUGUUGAAACGUCAUGCACACUGGUGAAGCGCAGUCGCAAUUACAAUGAUCUCGUCUGGAGGAGAGAAGGAUAUUUAAAAAAAAAACGAUAUAAUUAUAAAAACAUUUUUGUAUUAUGUCUAGUAUAAGUACUAUACCCAUACAUACUUUCCGCACUGUGCAGAGCACAAGGGUAAAUCGCUAAAUAUGAUUAUCGUCGUUUGUGUCAAACUAUGCUAAAAAAUCUUACGUUUGAUACACGUCUUCAAAGAUAAAAUGAGAUUUUUCAAUGUAAAAGCUAACAAAAUAUACAUCUAACAAAAAUAUCGAUUAUAAUCGAUCAGGACUCGGAAGUUUAUGAGGACGUACCUCCAAUCUUCAAACUUCAGCUGUUCAGCUCUAUUAUGUAUAUUUCCAUAAUCCUAUUGUUUGCGCAUCACAGUCAUAUUCAAACAACACAAAUUAGGUAACGUUAUAUUAUAUAUGUUACCUAAAAAAAACCUGAUAAUCGUUAAAAUCCGAUUUCACUAGUUAAAACUAGUUUUAAAUUUAGUUAAAACGAAGUCUGUAAUCGUAGUUUCACAUGGGUUUUCGACUUUGCACGCUUAGCGAGAUUUAACCCCUCCCCCCUCCCCUGUUUAUGAAGAGAAACGAGGUCUAUAAUUGUAUUGUCCACAUAGAUUUUCGAUUUUACGUCUAAUCAACCAUUCUAGUUUUAACUAAUGAAUUCAAACUAAUGAAUUCGGGUUUUGACGAUAACAUAUAUAAACAUAAAAUAAGAAAAAAUCACAUUAAUAUCUAUAUAAUGUAUCAUAAAAUUAUAUUAACUUAAAAAUAGUAAAUAAAGGAUCUUUAAACGUUAAACGUUCAUAAAGUAAUAAUGUUUCGUUUUAAGUAAAAGAUAAUACGAAAAAAAGUGGAAUUUUGAAACAGCAGAAUUUUGGAUAGUGCAAUGUAUCAUAAAUUGAGCAAAUAUUUCAUCGAUAUCGCAUGCAGAUUCUCGUAAAAAUACUCGGA